UGUAAGCAGUAAACAGGGGCGGGUAUAAUUAUAUUCAGUAUCUAGCUAUUAAUAUUCAUUAGAUGGGCAUUCAUAUUACUGAAUAAGGGUUUUGGAAGGGUGUUGUAGUAAAUGUGGGUAUUUACAUAUUAACUUAGAUGAAAGAGUGAGACAUGACGAACUCGGGGCUUACUCGACGACUGGGUCGAGGGGAAGGAGUACCGUGAGAAAGAAGUCCCUUUACUCAAUCCCCCCGGGUCCUCCUGCUCCUUCUUUCCAUCUCUAACAUGAUGGUCUUCCAGGCAUGGCGUAGCAGUCGAGAAACAAGACAGCCCAGACUUUCUGCCAGGAUUCAGAAGAGAAGAUGAAUGAGAACCAGUCACAAGGAUUUCCCGGUUCCCGAGCCUCACGUGAUAUCCUGGAUGGAACAAGAGGGAGAGCCACGUGUCCGGGAUUCCCAGGACUUGGGGGAAGCGGAGCUCCUAGGAGGCACCUGUGCAGCCGCCGGUGGAAGUGUGAGUGAGAACGAGGGAGAGACGCCCCAAGAGGGAGGCGCUGAGCCGCCGGGGCCCGUCUCUGAAAGCCUCAGGGAGGCUGUCUCGCAGAGCCCCGAUCCAGAGAAGAGUCAGAGCCGGCCAGAAAGGCAGCGGAGAAAGACCCCGGGCAAGAGGCUGGUUAAAUCCCCCACCCAGUGCGAGAAAGGCUUCCGGAAACUCAAGGACAUCCUGGUGCUGCAGCGAUCCCACUCCCGGCUGAGACCCACCAUCUGCAGCGAGUGCGGCAAAGGCUUCAGCCGAAGCUCCGACCUCAUCCGGCAUCAGAUCACCCACACUGGCGAAAAACCAUACACCUGUGCCGACUGCGGCAAAGGCUUCAGCCAGAACUCCAACCUGGUGACCCACCAGCGCAUCCACACCGGCGAGAAGCCCUACCAGUGCAGGGACUGCGAGAAACGCUUCAGCGAGAGCUCCGCCCUCAUCCAGCACCAGCGCACCCACACCGGCGAGAAGCCCUACAAGUGUGGGGAGUGCGGGAAGCGCUUCAGCGUCAGCUCCAACCUCAUCCGCCACCGCCGGACCCACACCGACGAGAAGCCCUACAUAUGCAUCGAAUGCGGCGAGAGCUUCCGCCACAAGUCGCAACUGAGACGGCACCAGAAGCUGCAUGGGGGGAUGGUGGUGCGACACCGUGGUGCCACCGGCCGGCAACGGCCCUUCAUCUGUAACGAGUGCGGCAAGAGCUUCAGCCACUGGUCGAAGCUGCUGCGGCACCAGCGGACUCACACCGGCGAGCGGCCCAGCACCUGCAGCGAGUGCGGCAAAAGCUUCAGCCAGAACUCGCACCUGGUGCAGCACCGGCGUACCCACACCGGCGAGAAGCCCUACCGCUGCGGUGACUGCGGCAAGAGCUUCAGCUGGAGCUCCAACCUCAUCCAGCACCAGCGCAUCCACACCGGCGAGAAGCCCUACCAGUGCGGGGAGUGCGGCAAGAGCUUCACCCAGAGCAAGAACCUCAUCAAGCACCAGCGCACCCACUCGGGCGCCCGUCCCCACCGCUGCACCGAGUGUGGCCGCGGCUUCACCCAGAGCACCAACCUCCUCAAGCACCAGCGGCUCCACGCCGCCCGCCAGAGCCAGCCCUGCCCCGAGUGCGGCCAGGCCUUCCGCGAGAGCGCGGAGCUGGAGCGCCACCGGGCUGAAGCCCACGGGCACGAGCCCUUCAUCUGCGUGGAGUGCGGGGAGAGUUUUGCCAAGAGCGCCACGCUCAACCGGCACAAGAGGGUCCACAAGCCCCUUUUCGUCCGCUGAACGACGGGCGUGGAGGGGGGCCGUGCCCGUCACGUGACCGUGCACGGCAUCAAGAUGCGCUCAGUGUGGUUCGGCACGUGGCUGGCUACAGCGUUGAUGCCUGCGAAGCAUGGCCAUGCCCGUCACGUGACCAGCCACAGCGUCGCCAAACGUGGGUGUCCACGGUAUUGACGUGUGCUGAGCAGGGCCCUCUACCAUAUCAACACGUUGAGCAUGCCUGUGCCAUCCAUGAUGUUGCUGAGCAUGCCUGUGGCCUGUCAUUUGACCUUCCAUGAUCUCAGCGAGCACUUAGAGUUGGCGAGUCACAUGGCUGUCUACGGCGUCACGUGGCCAUCCACUAGAUCGGGGCGGGUCGCGUGUGGCCGUCCAUGGUAUCAACAUUGUGGUCAAAGCCUUGGAAAGCAGACCUCAAAAAACUCACAGGGGACAGAGCUUACAGAUGUACAUAAGGUGGGGGGCAGGGACCAGGGUUGGGGGGGGAGGGGAUGUUUAAGGUAGAAGCCAUAAUACUCAAGGCACCACACAUCCUAGGGAAGCCAGCGUCUUGGGACAGGGGAGGGCGUCCUCUCCUGGGGGGUGACAUUAAAAGAUGGAUUGUGGAGGAGGAGGUGCAGUGUAGAAUAAAAUUCUGCUGUUUUGAGGGUGUAGAUUCUGUAUGGGUCAGGCUCGUUGGGAAGGAAAUGGUACCUUGGUUCCGUAUUUGGGGUCCUGCUCUGAGUGGGGGGCCCCAGGUAUUGUGCUAAUACCGAUAAUGAGGGUGGGGGAAAUCGCUUGAAUUAAUUAAAGGUUCUUUAUCCCUUCUAA